AUGAUGCGGUCACCGGUGAACCCUAAUAAGGUUCUCGCCGUCGUGGCAGCCCUCGUCUUCAUAUGGUUCGUCUACAGGCUCAGUGAUGCCCAUCUCUACACCGACGAUGAGCCUCCGCCGCCUCCGCCGCCUCAAGAGCCUGGCCCGAGACCGCCGAUGAGCUCUCAGUGGAACCACGGCCCGCCAGAAGAUCUUCCUGCCAACAAUGCGACCGACAUCAGGGUCUACGAGGGUAAGGCCGCGGAGGACUAUUGCGAGAGGUACCGCUUCAAGCCGUUCGACCCCGAGCGCGUCGGCCGGCGCAAGAUCUACGACCUUUUGCUCAUCAACACCGAGAUCGAGAUGCUCGAAGUGCGCAUUGGAGAAAUGUAUCCUUACGUCGACUAUUUUAUCAUCAUGGAGGCCGAUGUGACAUUCACUGGUAACGCCAAGAAGCUUUAUAUAGCGGAGAACUGGGACAUUUACGCCAAGUACCACGACAAGAUGAUUCGCCGCACCGUGGACUUUUCCGAACUGAAGGAGAACCCCAACGCCUGGGCUCGCGAGGAGUUGUCCCGCAACGCCAUGAUGACCCAGGUUCUCCCCUUCCUCGAGGGAGACCAAGCGCCGUCGGAGGACGACGUCCUUCUCGUUUCUGACGUCGACGAGAUUCCGAAGCCGGCUGUGCUCGAGGCGCUCCGCAACUGCGAGGUCCCGCUGCGCAUCACCAUCAACAGCGACUUUUACUAUUAUUCGUUCGAGUGGCUUUCAAGGGAGGAGUGGAAGAGUCCGCAGGCGACGCUCUGGCGAGGGAAGGAGACGAUCCAACCUAAUGACCUAAGGAUCGACGCUGACGACUACUACUUCAAGCAUGGCGCUUGGCAUUGCAGCUAUUGCUUCAGCACGAUGGAAGAGACGGUUGGCAAGGUGAAUAGCUUUUCGCAUCAGGAGUUGAAUAAGCCCGAGUUCAAGGAUCCGAAGAAGAUUCUUCAGAGGGUGCGGUUUGGGAAGGACUUCUUUGAUCGUAAAAACAACCUCUUCGACUAUGUCGCUCCCAACCACAAUAUCCCCAGCUUCCUCAAGCACAACCAGGACAGGUUUGGGUUCAUGUUGGAUAGGACUCCACCAAACGCCAACUUUAGGGACAUUCCCCUCGACGGAAACUUGGAAUAG